AUGGGUUGCUGCAACUCGAAGAAAGAGAGAGCCAAAGUUGGCCAAAAUGCCAAACCAGCAUCUGGGUUGGAGCAUCCUGCUGUUCUUGCUUCCAAAACCCCCUUUUCUGUGAGUGAGGUGGAGUCUUUGUAUGAGCUGUUUAAGAAACUCAGCAGUUCUAUAGUUAAAGAUGGGCUUAUACACAAGGAAGAGCUCCAGCUUGCACUUUUGCAAAAUAGCAGUAAAAACCUCUUCUUGGACAGGGUAUUUGAUCUUUUCGACGUCAAUAACAAUGGUCAUAUAGAGUUUGAAGAAUUUGUUCAAACAUUGAGUGUUUUCCAUCCAAAAACUCCUGAUGCGGUCAAAAUUACAUAUGCUUUUAAGUUAUAUGAUUUGAGGCACACCGGUUACAUCGAGCGUGAGGAGUUGAAGGAGAUGGUGCUUGCUCUUUUGAACGAAUCUGAUUUGAUUCUUUCAGAUGAUAUUGUUGAAAUGAUUGUGGACAAGACAUUCAUGGAAGCAGAUAGAAAAGCAGAUGGCAGGAUUGACGAAGAAGAGUGGAAGGAAUACGUAGUAGAUAAUCCUUCUCUAUUGAAAAACAUGACUCUUCCAUACUUGAUAUCAUCCCCGUUUCGUAUUGCACCGCAAGCAUCUGCAUUUAGAAUGCAGAUUCACUAG